CGGGGAAACCUCAUUGUUUGUUUACAUUCGUGACGAGGCAUAACGUAACCUACAUAACGCUGCCUAUAUAACGUAACCUACUGAUUACGUCCGUUUCGCAACGCCUUCUUUGCCGCAGUGAUAAUGGUGUGAUUCGUUCGGCGUAACUUGGGCGAUCUGUAGUAGCUACUACUAGUAUCUCGCUUUCGGGGCAUCUGGGCAUCUAGCCGGGUCAUUACUAAGGGUAUGUUGGUUUGCUAUUGGAGCUGUAUUUUGCUAAGGUUUAAGAAGGCAUAUCUGUUCUGUCAAAAUGGCACUAGCUCAGAAUAUGCCUCUUUUGUCAAGGCUGGUGUCAUCGUCGGUGGCAAUUGCCAGUCAUGCAGGGGGAAUAAUAAGGGACAUUCUUAAGAAAGGAGAACUUGGCAUUGUAGAAAAAGAGAAUGCAAGUGAUCUACAAACAGAGGCUGACAGAGCUGCCCAGCGUUGCAUAAUAAGUUCACUGAAUAAAUGCUUCCCUAAGAUUACUAUAAUAGGGGAGGAAGGAGAGGAGGAAACACAAAAUACCGGCGACAAAGUUUUUGAUCCAGACGUGAUGCCAGCGGUGAAUGUUAAGUGUCCUUCAGAACUGUCUUCACUGGCUGAGGAAGAGAUUGUAGUAUGGGUGGAUCCACUGGAUGGCACUGCAGAAUAUACACAAGCCCACAGGUUAGGGGAGCUACACCAUCUUAGCCUGCGUGCGUUUGUUAAGUUUCUGUUUGCAUUCGAGUUCAUAUUUCCAUUCUAGCAUUAAUGUGGACCU